CCCAUGUUCCCCAGCAGCACUUCCGGUUGUGCAGGGAAGAUGGCGGCGCCCACACAGAGACGCGCGAGCAGCAGCUGUGAGAUUCCCGGAGGGUUUACAGUGUUGUCCUUGAAGUUCUGCUCAGACAGUCCAGCGCAGCACCAGCUGUGUGUGAAAGAGCACAGGGUGCGGGCAGAAAAGAACACACACAGACCACCGGACAGGACACUGCUCGUCCUUAACAUCCCUCCAUACUGCUCACAGAUUGCAGUGAAGAACUUGUUCUCUCAGUUUGGUCCAGUUCAGCAUGUGGAACUGUGUGAGAAACCUGGAGCAGCUGAAGAUAAGCAACCCGACCUGUCCCCUUAUUUCACACCUGCACACAAACAGUGUUUUAAGGUGGCCUACGUGGUGUUCAAACGCUCUUCAGGUGUAGCAGCAGCUAAAGCACAUCCAUACGACUCUCCACUCAUCGUCUCCACUGAAAAGAAUCCGGUUCACACCGGACUCAAGAAGUGGAUCAGUGAAUACAAACAGUCGUUCAUUGAACCGGAGCUCCUGCAAAAGGCCAUUGAUGACUUCAUAACCCAGUACGAUAAGAGGAAAGAGGAGGCGGAGCUUCAGAAGAAGGAGGCGGAGGAACAGCAGGAGGAUGAGGAAGGUUGGGUUAAAGUGACCAAAGGAGGCAAAGGCGUUAAGUCCCGCCCACACAGUGAGGCAGCCAAUCGGAGAACACUUCAGAAAGAACAGAACAAGAAAAAGCAGAAAGAGCUGCUGAACUUCUACACAUGGCAACAUCGCGACUCGAAAAGAGAACAUAUUGCUGAAUUGAGGAGGAAGUUUGAGGAGGAUAAGCAGCGGAUCGCUUUACUCCGAGCACAGAGGAAAUUCAGACCCUACUGAAAUACAACACACACACACUUUUUAUUUUUUAUUUUUUUUUUUUACUGUAGUAAAUAAAAGUUCAGAGGAAAAAUAA